AUGCAAGAUGCUGGAAACAGAUUGUUGUUGGAAGAGCUAACAUAUGCCACUGAAUCAUUGACUCAAGAUUCAGUUGAUCUGGAGCAAGGCUUGAAUGCUGAGCAAAAACAGGUGUAUGAUAACAUCCUCGAAGCUGUCUACGGUAACAGAUGCCAAAUCUUCUUUGUCUAUGGUAGCGGUGGCACCGACAAGACUUAUUUAUGGAGAGCCUUAAUGUCAAAGCUACGCUCUCAAAACAACAUAGUACUUCCAGUGGCAUCAUCUGGCAUAGCAGCACUCCUAUUAGUGGGUGGGAGGACAGCGCAUUCCCGGUUCAAGAUACCCAUUGAUCUCAACAAGGACUCGUGCUGCAACAUUGAGCAAGGAUCUGAUCUCGCAGAACUCAUACGGCAAACAAAACUAAUAAUAUGGGAUGAGGCCCCAAUGGUACAUAGGCAUGCAUUCGAAGCAUUAGACCAUACAAUUCGAGAUAUAAUGCAACUGUAUGACCCAUCAGCAAAGGAUACAAUAUUUGGAGGCAAAACACUCGUCUUAGGAGGGGAUUUCCGGCAAACACUGCCAGUCGUCCAAAAUGGAGGCAGAGAAGAAAUAGUUUAUGCAUCGAUUAGCAAAUCGACAAUCAUAUGGCCACAAUGUACUGUCUACACCUUGAGGACUAACAUGCGGCUCAGACAAACAAACAAUGACGAGGAUAAUAGAGAUCUUGCAUACUUCUACAAAUGGGUGCUAAAUGUAGGAGAUGGAAAGAUAAAGGCAAUCUCAAAGGAAGAUGAGGAGGAACCUAUGUGGAUAGAAAUACCCGAAGAUCUAUUGAUAAAGAGUGAUGAAGAUCCCAUAGUUGUAUUAGUGCAUGAAGUUUACCCUGGAAUAUUGGAAAACCACAUGGAUCCAAAGUACCUCCAACAAAGGGCUAUACUAGCUCCUAAAAAUGAAACGGUGGACACUAUAAACAAACACAUUCAAGCAUUGAUUCCAGGAGAGGAUAUGGUGUACAAGAGCGCAGAUAGAGUGUGUCGAACAGUCAUAAGAGGAAGAAAUCUCGAAGCAUUGUACCCAACUGAGUUCCUUAACAGCCUUAAGUUCCCGGGGGUACCAAAUCAUGAGAUACACAUAAAGGUGGGAUGCCCUAUUAUGUUGUUGAGAAACAUCAACCAAAGAGAUGGGUUGUGUAAUGGCACACGCCUUAUUGCCACAAGAUUACAACAAAGAGUCAUAGAAGCACGCGUGAUUACAGGUACAAAGGCAGGGGAGCUGGUAACUAUACCAAGGGUGGAAAUGUCACUAUCUGAUCAGAAGUUGCCAUUUACCCUAAAGAGACGUCAAUUUCCAAUAAAAGUGUGCUUUGCAAUGACAAUCAACAAGAGCCAAGGGCAAACAUUUGAUCAAGUGGGUCUGUACUUGCCAGAACCAGUAUUCACGCAUGGCCAGCUAUAUGUAGCUGUCUCAAGAGUCACUGCACGUAAAGGGUUGAAAAUAUGCAUCCCAAGGACAGAUGCUGAAGAUCAGCAAAUUGCAAUGACAAAAAAUGUAGUCUAUAAAGAAAUAUUUAGAGAUGUAUAA